UGGGAAAGUGUGAUGCACUCUUGUGCCUAUUUGAGGGCCCACUAAAAAUAGUGCAGCAGCCGCCUGUGGACGCAUGCUCUUGUCUGAUUGGAAAUCACAGAGCCUCAAGUCAGAGCUGUGGGGCAUCUGUCAAAGAGGGACGUGCGUGACCUCUUCCACGCUGUCAUCUAAAGUAACUUGAAGGAAUUUAAGGAAGAUAUUUGGGAGAAGAGAACUUUGACAGUCAUUGAAAUGGGUUCGCGGCGGACAAUGUCACGCUCCCAUUCGGAUAGCGGAAGAUCCGGCCAAGGGAACGGGAGCGCUGGCAAUAACCGGCCUGGAGGUUGCAGCUACCUCUCCAACGUCCGGCCAGAGAACAGGAGCACACUCUGCAGCGUGAUAGCUCAACUGACACAGGAAACGCAGCCCGCCUUCCUGACCACGCUCAAGUCCAGAGCCGUGUCAGAGAGCAGCAACGUCAAGUUCUUCUGUGUGGUGACCGGUUAUCCUAUCCCUCAACUAACUUGGUAUAAGGAUGAUAAACAGAUGGACAGAUUCUGUGGUCUUCCGAAAUAUGAAAUAUUUCGUAAUGGGCAAACCCAUUCUCUGCAUAUUUACAACUGCACUGUGGAGGACGCAGCCAUCUACCAGGUAUCGGCCAGUAACAGCAAAGGCAUCGUAUCGUGCUCCGGAGUUCUGGAGGUGGGUGUAAUGAACGAGUUCAAGAUCCACCAGCGUUACUUUGCCAAGAUCAAGCAGAAGGCGGAUGGCCGUGGCAAAGAGACCGACGGCAAGGAGAACCAGGAGCCCAUUCGUACCAUCAGCCCGGAACGCUCGCUGAGGAAGCGCCGCUCCACCAUGGAACCCUUCUUGAGCACGCCCAGCUCCACAGAGGAUGACGUCAACAAGGAGUUAAUUCCAUCUGUUUGUGAGGAUUCAAAGGUUAGAUUGGAGGAACCAUCAGAAGAACCGGUGGAGGAGAAGCCUUCUAGUAAAACGUGUACAAAAACAAAUAAUGAGAACGCAAACGUGGGUGGCACUGCCAAGACUCCCUUUGUCAAGAAGAAGAUCAAAAUUUGCUCCAGAGGUGAGAGGACGCCUGAGGAGAUGAGAAAGACCAGCUCGGAGGAGCUCAUGGAAGUGGAGAGUUGCAAAAACAUGACGGAACGUCCAAACAGAGCCACUUUUGGGAAACUGUUCAGGAAGAAAAGCUCGGAGCUGCUUCGCUCUCCAGAAAGUGCAAGGAAAGACAAGGAAAGUCUACUUAAACGUGACGAGAAAGUGUUGGGGAAGAACCCUCGCAUGCUCUCCAGACUUCAAAAUUCACCUCAACAGCCUUCCAGCUUAGUCACGCAGCACACAGCUGACCCUGGAAGUGUGGAUGGAGUCCUGAAAAACAAGACUGCUUUACCUGAGAAGAUCCCAGAUCAGCCACCACAAAAGGAAACAAAAACGAAGCAAAAGAAUCCAUCCACGCAGAGUGAGGUUACACAAGCCCCUGCAUGGAAGAGUAGGAAUGAUGCACCUGUCAACCUGGAGCCUCCACCUGACCGGCGUCUGGCAUCAGUAGAUACACAACCGCAGCGUAAACCCCCAUCGAAAGGAGAAGCUGCAAUAAACGACGUCCGGCUCCAUUUCGUCGCACCAAAAUCACCACAACACAGACAGCAUCAUUCCAAGGGAUUAAGGGAAAGCCACACGGUGUUACAAAAAUCGCAUCCCCUUUCAUUUGCAGACCGACAAAGCCAAGCUGAUUUAGUAGCAAAGACUUCUGAACGGACAGAAGCACAAGGUUUUAAGAAGGUAGACAGUAAAGAGGGUAGCAGAGCAGUGGUGAGAAAAGAGAAGAUAACCGAAACUGCUGUUGCACCUAAGAUUCAAAAACCAGAACAAAGGAACGAUAAAAUAGCUAAAGAAGCUAAUCCCAUGGUUGCGUCUGAUAAAGAUAAAAAAGUGUCUAGUUUAAAACCCAACUCGGAAUUACAGUCUAAUAAACAGACUAAAAUUGAAACUGCUGGGCCAUCCAAAAAAAAUGAGCAGCAAGCCACUGACUUCCAAGAAAUCCCCAAACCUGUCACCAGAGUUGUAUCUGUUGCAGAACUUAUGAGAGCCCAAAUAAAGGCUCUUGAGUCUGCGGCAACAAAUCCUGCUAAAGACAUUUCUGCAGACUCUGGAUCACGUGCCGCUGUGGGUGACAAAUCUCAAAACCUUGAUCAAAGUAAGAUUACAAUUCAAGAGAGGACGUCAGUACCUGACAUCAAACCCAGCAAAAAUGUUGAUUCUGCCACACCAAAGGAACAUCUUGCACAACAAAGCCAUCUAGGAGAGAAGAUUUCUCAAAAGGAUCGUAGUCCUUCAUCUGCCAUUGGUUCCCUCAGCAUAGAACGCCAUCAUGAUGUCAUAGCCUUUCCUUCGAAUAACUACUGUUCUGAUCCUGUGAAUCCACAGGAGAUUUCAGCUAAAGGGUCAGUACCUGAUGGCAUACCUGAGAAUCAUGUUGAUCAAACAUCUCCAAAGGAUCAUCUUGCGACACAAAGUCAUCCUGGAAACAAAAGGACUUUUGAAGAAGAUCCGAGUCUUUGUCCUUCAUCUGUCAUUGAUCCGCCGAGCAUGGAACCGAACCGAGAUGCGACAAACAGUACCCGGGCAGGUCUUUCAAAGGAAUGUUCUGAUCCCAUGAACACAAAAGAGAUUGGAACUCAAGGGAGAAAGUCAGCACCUGAUGGCAUACCUCAGAAUCAUGUUGAUCGAACCUCUCCAAAGGAAAACCUUAUGACACAAAAUCAUCUUGGGAAGAAAAGGGCUUUUCAAGAUCUUAGUCUUUGUCCUACAUCUGUCAUUGAUCCCCUUGGCAUGGAAGCAAAUGGAGAUGUGACAGAUUUAAAUAACUACUCUUCUGUUCCCGUAAAUUCUAAAGAGGUGGACAUUCAACUGAGGAAGUCAGUACUUGAUAGCACACCUAAAAAAAUUGUUGAUGCAAACCCUCCAAACAAACAUCUUGUAACGCAAAAUAAUCUGGGAAAGAGUAGUACUCAUCAGGAAGAUCCAAGUCCCUCCCCUUCAUCUGUUAUCGAUCCCUUCAGCAUAAAAUGCAAUCAAGAUGUUACAGUCAUUCCCCUUGCAGGUUCUUCAAAAACUUCUGAUCCUGUAAAUCACAAGAAGAAAGCAACUCAAACACCAACAUUGAACGGCAAAAGGGAUCAAGGCAAAGACUUGGGUCUUGUGGAAAAGUUCAUCCCAGAUAUUAAAUUUGAUGCUGAAAUUCAACAGGAAACAGAUAGAAAUACUUCCCAAACACUGAUAAGGGAAAACAAUCCAGUCAGUUGUUCACAGGGUAUGCUGAAAGUUCCCAUUACAAGUGUUCAGGGUGAAGAUUUAAAUCCCGAAGCCAGUCCGGUAUUGCAGAAAGGAGAUUCAGAUUAUUUUCUUACUCCUGCAACUCCUCGAGAAUUGGCCUCAGGGGCCCGUCGGAAGAUCCUUACUUCUACUUCCAAGGACAAACCAGAGGAGACCAAUUUACCAUCUGAUCACCAACCUGCGAAGGAAGAGUUUUCCCCAUUGGGCAGCAUGCUUUCCACCAGUCCUGGAUCAGACUCUUCUCAACGGUCACCUCUUCUUCAGCAGAACAACGAUACAUCUCCUGUAGAAAAGCGAUCGCCGAUGCUGGGAAGAAAGAAUAUGACCGUUGUGACUAACACAUCAAGCCAACCAUCCAAUGAGGACAUCCAAAAUGAGAAAACCGAGAAGGACAAACGGGAUCCAUGCAAAGCCCCUCAAGUUAUCCGGAAGAUCCGCAGUGAAUGUUUUGCCGAUGCCAUGGGACACCUUAAACUGUGGUGCCAGUUCUUCAACAUUUUAACCGACUCAACCAUAACUUGGUACAGAGAUCAACUGGAGAUUGCCCGGAUUAAAAAAAGUGCGGCGGAUGAAAGCCAGGUCAAUCUGGCCAUCGUUCAAGCGGCAAGUAAAGACACUGGAAUUUACAAAUGUACUAUCACAAAUGACUACGGAAGUGACUCGACUGACUUUCUACUUGGUCCAGACAGCUUGGUAGGGAUUUCCCUUCGUAUGGACCACAGUGUUGGGGAAGAAAUCGAAAUGGCGCCACUGGUGUUCAGCAAAGGUCUGGCUGACAGUGGUGUCUGGGGCAGCAAGUUGUUUGGUCGUGUGAUGGUCCACAAAUCCUGUAUUGGCGAAGGCUGUGCCAACAAAGUCUGGAGGGCUCAAGUCAUCUAUGGCCUUGAGCCUGUCUUUGAGUCUGGUCAUACGUGUAUCCUCAAAGCCCAACGCCACAUCGCUUAUGGUGGCAAGGAGGAACACUACCUCACAGACAGGAACUUGGACUUAGUCAAGCAGGAAUGUAAAAUUCAAAAUUUGGCUCGUGAGUACUGCAAAAUCUUCUCUGCAGAGGCAAGAGUCAUUGAGAACUUUGGGCAACCUCUCGAGGUCAUCCCUGUUUACUUGAUGUAUCGGCCAGCAAACACCGUCCCCUAUGCCACCGUGGAGGCUGACCUGGCUGGAGUCUAUCGGAAAUAUGUCGUGGUGGAUCAUACGGGGAAGAUUGAGAUGAAAGCCACUUCAGAGGUAGAGCUGAAGUGUUGUGCUCUGCAGCACUGGAUCUUUCAAUGGACCAAUGGGAACCUGCUCAUCACCCAACUCAAAGGGGUUGAUACAAAGAUCACCAACAUUGGAGUUGCAGUCAAAUAUACAGGAUAUCAGAACCUCCAAAUGGAAGGCAAACCUCAAAUAUUUGAAGGAUUUGUCUCACAGCACCAGUGCAACUACUUCUGCGGUCUUCUGGGCUUGAGGUCACUGAAACUUUUGGACUCUUUAAUGGCACCAGCCAAGCCCAAAAGCUCCAGGAGCCCAUUACUGCAACGUAAGAGUCAGGCUCCUGGCUCAUGCAGCCCACAGACUGGUCGGAGAGUAACCGGCAGCCCCCGCAUGCCCAGGAAGGCUGAACAAGAUGCUCCAAAAUGCCUCAAAGCUACUGUUGAAGUCUAGCAUUACAAAUCAUGAUUUUACCACCAUUCCGCGUCUUUACUUCAUUUUGUUUUACUACAUUUACGUCAAUUAAUCAACUCUCUGGACCACUUGAUCGUAAACAGUUCGUCGUGGCAAACCUGGAAUCAAGCCCACCUAGGAACUUUGGAAUGAGCAAGAACAGAGCUUUUGAACAUCUUGUAGAAAGUAUUCCCAUAAAUUACAAAGAAUAACUAGUAGUAGUAGUAGUAGCUACGCUAGCUUUCAGUUUAUCUGGCAACGCCACUGCAGUGAGAAUGUCUCACCAAAUCUUCUUGACAUUUCUACGACACUAAGCUACAUAUAUUUUAAAAACACUUGUCUAUCUCACUUUCAACUUGGCGCUGUUGCCGGUUGGCAUGAAUUGUUUGUUAUACUGUUAUACGCUUCUGUCGUUUUGAGUUAGCUUGCCCACAGAUUGGCUAUCGGCACGUUUCAUGUGACAACCAGAGUUCAAGGCUUGUGGAUUACAAGAAAAUUUUAUAAAUAUUGAACACAUUAACCGUUAUUAACCUGAAGUCACCUUUUGUACAGCGAGAAGCCAAUCAAGUGGAAAUGUAAACAUUGUGUUGUCAUAUGACACAGAUGUACAGUGACACGCAUUCUCAUUGUAUAUGUUGCUGGUUGUAAAAUAAAACAAAGCCGUGUGUAUAAAAAGA